AUGGCUGCGACGCCAGACGGGGUCGUUAAGCUCCUGGAUUUCCGGAUGUGCGCCACGGGUUCAGCGGUUGUGUACAGCUUGCAGCUGAGCAAUGGCAACGAGUGCUGGGUGGUGGCGCGACGGUACAGUGAGUUUCUCAGAUGCCACGUCAAGCUCCUUGAGCUCUUUGACCGCAAGCAGCUGCCUCCGUUCCCACCGAAGGAGCCCUUCUGGCAGAAAGUGUUCGGUGGAGAUGGAACGCGGAGUGAUUGGAUGGAAGAGCGCUAUGGCAAGCUAUUUGGAUAUCUCGUGGGACUCCUCGACAUGGAAGGAGUUCUCAACAGCGAGGCCCUGUUGGAGUUCCUCAAUGCUCCUCGCGCUCGCAGAUCCCCAAACUGGGAUAUGGAUGCUUCGACGGCCACCGCCAUUAUUUGCAGCGUUCGAGUUCGCCUCACGGGUGAUCCUGGGGGCGUCGAGGUUGUGAUACGCGCUGAUGCGCCCACUCGAUGUUCCGUGCGAUUGGCGCUCCGACCCUUCCAAAGCAGCGAGCACCUGGAAGAUGCGCCGUAUCCGGCUCAGCCAAACCUGGAGUCUACGGAUCUGUGGGAAAGGCUACUUGAGUUGGACUUGGAUCCGUCGAAGAGUCAAGAGUUGACUCAUCGGUUCGAUUUAGAUCCUGGCUCACUUUGGCAGGUUGCUGCUGUGGGUGUUGCUCAAGAUGGCACAACUGGAAAUCCAGUGUGCAUUCAAAUCCGAGCACCAACUGAAGCUGACUUGGAGUGUGUGCCCAAGGGCCAACCUGCAGCGGAAGCCCAUGUGACAAAGCUCCUCGAUGAAGCAGGCACUGGAAAGCUUUCGGACAACGACGGCAGCAUCAGUGAAGGCGACGACGAGAUGGAAGAAGUGGUUGAACACACCGCAGAUGGGCAGGCGGUGACGAUCAGACGAAAGAGAAGUCACAUUUCGCCUGCACACAAGGUGAUCUCGUUUCAAGGGAGCGUGGCGGUGGAGUAUGCCAGGAAAAUCGAAGAGAAGCAGCGCCUGGCAGCGGAGAAGACCCCACACCGUUGGGAGGAGCGAGAUGGACAGAGGCGAUCCGUUCCCGUGGAUCGCUUGGAGGCGAAGUCUGCGUCGGGCGCAGCUGAGCGGCAUCACUACGGAAACGUCGAAAUUCUGGACCAUUCCAUCCAAGCACACCAGGAGCAGCAGCUCAGAGAGGACGAACUGCGAGUGGCUGCGUGGAUCCAUGCGGUCACCGGAGAUCCAGGUGCAGGGAUUGCAUCGGUUGGAAGCGGGUCAUUGCAGGAUGCCUUGCAGUCGGGCGAGGUCCUGUGCGACCUGAUGAAUGCUUUCUGGCCUGGGCGCAUCGUGGGGAUCGCUAGAGGUUCCGCGGCCAACGUGCUAUUCAGACGAGUGGCAAACAUAACGCAAUUCGUCCAGGCCUGUACCAAAGAAGGCAUGGCCAACAGCGUCUUCGUCCCCGGAGAUCUAGCCGAGGGCAAGAACUUUAGAAGCGUGCUUCGAUGCCUUUGUGCGCUGGCGCACCAGGUUCCGGACAGCUACGAGGGCCCGCGCCUGGCCCCACGGAGCUGUGAAGCCACCGGACGCAGCAGCUAG